AUGGAGAGGAUCCCCAGCGCGCAGCCGCCUCCCUCCUGCCUGCCCAAGGCGCCGGCUCUGGAGGCUGCAGGGCUGGAUUUUGCCCACAUGUAUCAAGUGUACAAGUCGCGGCGGGGAAUAAAGCGCAGCGACGACAGUAAGGAGACCUACAAACUGCCGCACCGGCUCAUCGAGAAGAAGAGACGUGACCGGAUUAACGAGUGCAUUGCCCAGCUGAAGGAUCUUCUGCCGGAACACCUCAAACUCACGACUUUGGGUCACUUGGAAAAGGCAGUAGUUCUUGAACUUACUUUGAAGCACGUGAAGGCACUUACAAGCCUAAUUGACCAGCAGCAGCAGAAAAUUCUUGCCCUGCAGAGCGGGCUCCAGGCCGGGGAGCUCUCGGGAAGAAGCAUGGACCCCAGUCAGGAGACCUUCUGCUCUGGCUUCCAGACAUGUGCCCGGGAGGUGCUGCAGUACCUGGCCAAGCACGAGAACACGCGUGACCUCAAGUCAUCCCAGUUGGUUGCCCACCUCCACCGGGUGGUCUCAGAGCUGCUGCAGGGCGGUCCCUCCAGGAGGCCAGCAGAUGCAACCCCCAAAACCAUGGACUUCCAGGAGAGGGCCAGCUCCCUGGCCAGAGGCUCAGAUGGGCCUGGGAAGAACUGUGUGCCCGUGAUCCGGAGGACUUUCCCUCAGUCCAGUGGGGAGCAGAGUGGCAGUGACACAGACACAGACAGUGGCUACGGGGGCGAGUCAGAGAAGGGGGAUGCGCGUGGGGAGCUGUACUCAAGAGGUGACCGUGGACGCAGAUUCGCCGUGGGAGAAAGGAUCAGUGCGAUCAAGCAGGAAUCUGAGGAGCCCCCCACCAAGAAGGGCCGAAUGCAGCUGCCCACUGACGAAGGCCACUUCCCCAGCAGUGACCUGCUGGGCUCCUCCUUCCUCAGCGCACCCCCACAUCAGCCCCCGCACCUCUGCCUGCCCUUCUAUCUCAUCCCCCCAUCAGCCACCGCCUACCUGCCUAUGCUGGAGAAGUGCUGGUACCCCACCUCCAUGCCCCUCUUCUACCCAGGCCUCAGCGGCUAUGUGGGCCCAGACAAGCUGCCUGCACCCUUGCUGCUGCCCCAAAGACUGCCGUCCCCCGGGCCCACCCCGCCGGCCGCCGACUCCUCGGCCCUGCUGCAGGCCCUCAAACAGAUCCCCCCACUAAACCUGGAGGCCACAGACUAG